UAGUACGAGCCAUGUCUGGGCGCGGCAAAGGCGGGAAGGGUCUGGGUAAAGGAGGUGCUAAGCGCCACCGCAAAGUUCUGCGCGACAACAUUCAGGGCAUCACCAAGCCCGCCAUCCGACGCCUGGCACGGCGUGGAGGCGUUAAGCGCAUCUCAGGCCUUAUAUACGAGGAAACGCGCGGAGUUCUUAAAGUGUUUUUGGAGAAUGUAAUCCGCGAUGCAGUUACCUACACGGAGCACGCCAAACGCAAGACAGUCACGGCCAUGGACGUGGUUUAUGCGCUCAAGCGCCAGGGCCGCACCCUCUAUGGCUUUGGCGCCAUGGCACGAACAAAGCAGACAGCUCGCAAGUCCACUGGCGGCAAAGCACCGCGCAAGCAGCUGGCCACCAAGGCGGCUCGCAAGAGCGCUCCGGCCACCGGUGGUGUCAAGAAGCCCCACCGCUACCGCCCCGGCACCGUGGCCCUGCGCGAGAUCCGCCGCUACCAGAAGUCGACCGAGUUGCUAAUCCGGAAGCUACCUUUUCAGCGCUUGGUACGGGAGAUCGCACAGGACUUUAAGACCGAUCUGCGCUUCCAGAGCUCGGCGGUGAUGGCGCUGCAGGAGGCUUGCGAGGCCUACCUAGUGGGGCUAUUUGAGGACACCAACCUGCUCGUCUUGCUCAUCAUGUCUGGCCGUGGCAAAGGCGGGAAGGGUCUUGGCAAAGGCGGCGCUAAGCGUCACCGUAAGGUGCUGCGCGACAAUAUCCAGGGCAUCACCAAGCCAGCCAUCCGGCGCCUUGCUCGCCGCGGCGGCGUGAAGCGCAUCUCCGGUCUCAUCUACGAGGAGACUCGCGGGGUGCUGAAAGUGUUCCUGGAGAACGUGAUCCGGGACGCCGUCACCUAUACAGAGCACGCCAAGCGCAAGACGGUCACCGCCAUGGAUGUGGUCUACGCGCUCAAACGCCAGGGCCGCACCCUCUACGGUUUUGGCGGUUGAACGUCCUUUUCUAUCAAUAAAAGGCCCUUUUCAGGGCCACCCUA